ACGAGGCUAAGCUAGGUCAGCGUCAGCAUCAACAUGGAGUCAAACAAAAACUGCGCAACAGUUUCUAAGCGAGACGAAUAUUGUUGCGUGCCUUUGUGUAAUGGGAAUGCCAGAAUUCACCAUGAUCUCAGUUUCCAUCAUAUUCCUAAAAAUCUAGAGAUGCGGAAGAAAUGGCUCGUUGCUAUACGACGCGACGAAGGACCCCAGUUCAAGAUUGGAAAAAACACAGUGGUGUGCUCCAGACAUUUCAAGGAACAAGAUUUUCGCUGGACACCUAAUAGAAAAUGCCUAACAAAGGAUGCAGUUCCAUCAAUUUUCGACUGGACUUCCACUGUCAGAAGUAGAAAGAUGCCAUUACUUAGACAACCUUUGAUAACCCUACAUAAAGACAAAAAUUCAGCAGAAUUAGAUAAAAUAAUAUCUGAUGCCAGUGAUUCUGAAGCUGAAAAUGAUGAGAUACUAGAGGGGAAUCACAGUGAUAAAGAAGAUGAGGUUGAUAACAUUCAUUUAAGCUGCCAAAGAAAAAUGCGUGAACUACAAUUGCUGAUUGAACAAAAAGAAAGUGAAAUCAAAAGGAAAAAUGAAGAGUUUUCUGAUCUUCAACAGAAAUAUCACUUGGAACGGUUUGGUGUGACUCGAUUUUCCUUCGACGAUGACUUGAUUGAAUUUUAUACUGGAUUUCCAAGUUAUAAAGUAUUUUCUAUAUUUUUUUCUGCAUUAAGACCAAUCGCUUCAAGAAUGAAAAGUGUUUAUUAUAAUUCUGUAGAUGACGUUAACAUUAGGGGGCGCCCAAAAUCGAUGGACCCUAUUGAUGAACUGUUUAUGUUCUUAUGUCGAUUAAAGUGUGGUUUUCUCACCGAGGAUUUGGCUGUCCGAUUUAACAUUCAUGCAUCAACUGUAAGCCGUAAAAUAAUUACAUGGACAAAUUUCUUAUAUUUCAUCCUUGGUAGCAUUAAUAUCUGGCCUGAAAAAGAAAGAAUUCAAGAACACAUGCCAAAUGACUUUCAAAUUCAGUACCCUCACACUCGUGUUAUUUUAGAUUGCACAGAAAUCUUUACCGAGAAACCUUCCUCUUUAGCGCUCGCAUCAAAAACAUUUUCCUCCUACAAAAGCCACAAUACCUGGAAAGGACUAGUAGGAAUUGCACCUCAUGGAGCAGUGACCUUCAUUUCUUCACUAUACUCAGGGUGCAUAUCAGACUUAGAAAUCACUAAAUACUCUGGGAUUCUUGACCUAUUAGAACCUGGGGAUCAAAUCAUGGCUGAUAAGGGAUUUGUUCUUGACAAGCUUUUGAAAGAUGGUGUUACUAUUGCAACUCCACAUUUUCUUUGUAGUGAUGGACAGUUUUCAACUACUCAGAUACAAGAAAAUCAAAAAAUUGCCUCUCUUAGGAUUCACGUAGAGCGCCAUAUAAAAAGAGUAAAGGAAUAUCGCCUUUUGCAGUCUACUGUUCCUCUUUCUAUUGCAGGAUCGAUUAAUCAAUUAUGGACAAUUGCAAAUCUACUUACUCUGUUUCGUAGACCUUUAAUAAAACAAAAAAACUGAAAAAAGCAUUGUUGUCUUCUUUUAAUUAUUGUAACUUUUCUUUCAC